GCCGCCCGGAUUUCAGGAGACCUCGGCGCCCCGGGUCGAUCCGCGAGUGCCCUGGGCUGUGGCGCUGCGGAGUCGGGAGCUGCUCCGCGCUCCGAAGUCGCCCACCGGCGCCCGAGCUGCCGCCGCGGCGGGCGCUGGGCGGGCAGCGGCGGCCGGCGGCGGCGGCCCGGCGCCGGGCUUCUCGGGGGUGCUGCUGGCAAAGAAGUGGGAGCUGGGCAAGGUCGAUCCCACAGGGUGGCUGAUGAGCGAGAAGCUGGACGGCAUGCGUGGCUACUGGGACGGGCACCGCCUGCUCUCGCGGACCGGCAACGAGGUCCGGUGCCCCGACGCAGGCCUGGGCGACGAGUUGCCUGCCGGUUUUCCGCUGGACGGGGAGCUGUUCUUGGGGCGCGGCAGGUUCCAGGAGCUGAUGCCCGUGAUCAAGAACGGCGCGAGCGGUGUGCGCGAGUGGGCCGCGGUGCGCUACGUCGUCUUCGACGCACCUGCAGCGCCAGGAGGCUUCGAGGCGAGGCUCGAGGCUGCCGAGAGGCGCCUGGCCGGGAACCUGAGGGUCAGGGUCCACCCUCAUGCUCUGUGCGAGUCGUUGGAGCACCUGAGCAGGGAGCAGAAGCGCGUGGAGGAGCUGGGCGGGGAGGGCCUCAUGCUGCGCCGGCCGGGCAGCGCCUACUGUGUCGGACGCGACGCGUCCCUGCUGAAGGUGAAGAGCUUCAGCUCGACGACGAGGCGGUGGUUGUCGCGCACGAGCCGGGCAAGGGCAGGAACGCCGGAGUCCUAG